AUGAGCGACGAAAAUGCUAGUACCAGUCGGGAAACACUUCCAUUUCGACAUCGGGACUACCACGACGGCAAGCAGCUAGACUCUGAGCCUAUGGGCUCUCCCGAGGCGGACCCGGGGGACGGUUCUCCCAAGAGGUCGCGCAUGGCAUUUUUGUCAGACGAUGGAUCUAUGACCUCCAAUCGUGCGCAUCAUUCCGCCAGCGUUUCGUUUUCGCACAAGAGAGCUGGCUCGACCGAUGUGCCGGAUGACUAUGGCUCUGAUGCGGUGAGCGACCCGGCUGCCGACUUUUCGUGGUCGAACACGCUCAAAGGACGUCGCCAAACACGGAAGAUACAACAACACCCUGGGUCGGGCACCGCGCUUAGUCGACCCAUGAGCCGAGCAGCAGCGGAAAUUCGAGCCGCGAAAGCUAGUCCCGGGGGUAGCGAGUCGCGUCUGCGAUAUUCCGUCAAUUCCACUGAGGAAUUUAUCGGUCACGAUGGCGGACCGUCACGACUACAACAGCACAUAAUCCGCUCUAGUCCCGUCUCGAAUGACGAAAGAUUUCCGCUUACCCUGAGCGCCAGACAGGACGAAAUGGGCUCGUUGUCUAGGGCCUCGGGCGAAUCCACGGAGGGGCUGGGCGAUGGCCAGGAGUCUGCGGGGCAUUUGAGUAAUGAUCAGAAAUCCGCUGGAGGAGUAUUUGCGGUAGCCGGAGGUACAGCGUCUUAUGCGAUCCUACCACAACCAGAAACUCAUCCUAUAACAGAAGAGCAAUUGAUUAAUGAAAUUCGAGGUAUCUAUGCCGGACUAGUCAUGGUGGAAAAGAAAUGCAUGGAGAUCGACCGCCAGCAAUCCCAAUCGAAAGCCGAGUUAUCCAAUCAGCAAUGGCAAGCGUUAAUUGCCCUGCAUCGAACCUUGCUACAGGAGCAUCACGACUUCUUCCUAGCUUCUCAACACCCAUCCGCGAGCCCUGUUUUAAAACGUCUAUCGGAGAAGUACGCGAUGCCAGCCCGAAUGUGGCGCUAUGGAAUCCACGCCUUCCUCGAAUUACUGCGCCACCGACUCCCUGGUUCCUUAGAGCACAUGCUGACUUUCAUCUAUUUGGCUUAUUCUAUGAUGACUCUGCUAUUAGAGACCGUUCCCUCGUUUGAAGAGACCUGGAUUGAGUGCCUUGGAGAUCUCUCAAGGUACCGCAUGGCCGUCGAAGAAACGGACUUUCGCGAGCGUGAAGUCUGGGCCGGUGUGGCAAGGUACUGGUACAACAAAGCUGCCGACCGAAACCCCGAUGUUGGUCGGAUCCAGCAUCAUCUCGCGGUUUUAGCCCGGCCGGACAUUGUGCAACAGCUUUUCUACUACACAAAAUCUCUGGUCAAUGUGCACUCAUUUGCGGGUACUCGGGAAAGUAUAUUCCUCUUGUUCAAUCCACUCUUAAAGGGGGGCCCUAGAACAGUUCACCGUCUUCCCGAGAUGGUAACAGCAUUCGUGGCAGCUCAUGGUUAUAUGUUUACUCGCGAUGCUUCAGAUACCUUUAUGGGGACAUGCGCCGAAUUCCUCUCAUUCCUGGAGCAGUAUAUCGGUAGAACGGGCCCAGCUUUUAAAAUGCAAGGCGUCUAUAUUGUGUCCUGUAACUUUGCAUCGGUCCUUGAGUAUGGCGCAACCAACGCGCUCUUACCCACCGAGUUCCUCCAGGGACCUGCCCAUCCGGCGUCCAUGGAAGACAUCUACAUCGCCUCUCACAGACAUUGGACCCACGUUAGAGAACUUAAAACCAUCGAAGCUGAUUUUCUUGCUUCCAGAGAUUCCAAGACACUAUCACAGCUCAUUUUUUACGGCUCUUGCUUAUCAUUCCAAACAUUUUCGGUCAUACUGGACCAAGUGGGCGAUACGAAUAUCUACCCGGCGUUCCACGUGUCUCUUGCUUUCUUAUGGUGUCUAUCGCGCACCUCAAACAGCAUCAAGCAUGUUGAGCUUGUAGUGCCGUGGAAGCAAGUUGCCGCUUUCCUCAAUACUUUGAUUCGCGAUUUUACCGACUUCACGCUCAUCGAAGGAUCUGAGUUCCCAAUUUCCGACGAAGAAAAAUGGCUUCCUGAGGACUUCAUUGUCCGUGGUCAAAUCUGGAGUCAAAAUCUCUACCCAUCCGGAUUUUUCAACGAUGCACCAACUGCGGAUGAUGGGCGAAAUACCGAACCACCGUCUCGGGAUCUGUCCAGAAUGCACAGGUGUCUAUGGCUUGGAGUUAGGCUUGCUAUGUUCAAUCGUUGGAUCACUUACGAUGCCAGCAGCCGAAACUUCUCCGCCACCGACUUCGCCUCAGAACUGGACACUCUGGCCCAGCAACACCAUCCGUUUUACGGUAAAGGUGUACCGAAGAGGCCCAUCACCGAUGUGGAAAUGCACGAUACCUAA